AUGUCACCACCAUCAAAAAUUGAAGAAUCUUAUGCAGAAAUUGAAAAUCCAAAUUCAUGGUAUACUCCAAUACCAUCAAUAUCAAAAGGUAUUACUCAUUUACAAGAUUCAUUUAUAAAUAAACAAAAAACUCAUGAUAUACAAUUUAGAUUAAAUCAAUUAAGAAAUUUAUAUUUUGCAAUAAAUGAUAAUAUUGAUGAAAUUUGUCAAGCAUUAGAAUUAGAUUUUGGUAGAGUACCAAGUGAAACUAAAAAUUUAGAAAUUUUGGGUGGUUUAAAUGAAUUAAUUCAUACAAUGGCAAGUUUACAUGAAUGGAUUAAACCUGAAAAAGUUACAGAUUUACCAAUUACAUUAAAAACUAAUCCUAUUUAUAUUGAAAGAAUUCCAUUAGGUGUUGUAUUAAUUAUUUCUCCUUUUAAUUAUCCAUUUUUUUUAAGUUUUUCAGCAGUUAUUGGUGCUAUAGCAGGAGGUAAUUGUGUUGUUUUAAAACAAUCUGAAGCAACUCCUAAUUUUUCAAAAUUAUUUACUGAAAUUUUAACUAAAUCUUUAGAUAAAGAUAUAUUUUUUGCAGUUAAUGGUGGUAUACCUGAAACAACAGAAUUAAUUAAUCAAAAAUUUGAUAAAAUUAUGUAUACUGGUAAUGGAACAGUUGGUAGAAUUAUUGCAAAAAAAGCAGCUGAAACUUUAACUCCUGUGAUAUUAGAAUUGGGGGGAAAAUCUCCUGCUUUUAUAUUAGAUGAUUUAACUGAUAAAGAUUUAGAAAUUGUUGCAAGAAGAAUUGCUUGGGGUAGAUUUACAAAUGCUGGUCAAACUUGUGUUGCAGUAGAUUAUGUUUUAGUUCCAAAAAAUUUACAUAAAAAAUUUGUUACAAUUUUGAUUAAGAUAUUAAAUGAAGAAUUUUAUCCAAACCUUGAUGAAAAAGAUCCAAAUUUUACUCAUGUUAUUCAUGAUCGUGCUUUUAAUAAUUUAAUUAAAAUGAUUGAUAAUUCAAAAGGUGAGAUUGUAGUUGGUGGUUCAUCAAAAUCAGAUUCAAAUUCAAGAUUUAUUCCACCAACUGUUAUUGAUAAUGUUACUUUUUCUGAUUCAACUAUGCAAAAUGAAAUUUUUGGACCAAUUUUACCAAUUAUUGAAUAUGACAAUUUAUCAUCUGUUAUAAGUCAAGUUGUUAAACAACAUGAUACUCCAUUAGCUUUAUAUGUUUUUACAUCAGGUUCAACUUCAAGACAAUACAAUAAACAAUUAAAUCAAAUUUUGACAAGUGUAAGAUCAGGUGGUACAAUAAUAAAUGAUGUAUUAAUGCAUGUUGCUUUAAUUAAUGCACCAUUUGGAGGUAUAGGAGAAUCAGGUUAUGGAUCAUAUCAUGGAAAAUUUUCAUUUAGACAUUUUACUCAUGAAAGAACAACAAUGGAACAAAAAUUAUGGAAUGAUUUUAUGGUAAAAGCAAGAUACCCACCUCAUUCUCCAAUAAAAGAUUCUUUAAUUAAAACUUCUCAACAAAGUUAUGCUGGUAAUGUUUGGUUUUCAAGAGAUGGUAAUGUUCCAGUUAAUGGACCUGGUAUUUUAUUUAGUUAUUGGAAUACUUUUACUGGUGUUUUAGGAUUAAUUGGAGAAUUUGCAUCAGCAAAAAUUUAG